AUGCCUUUAGUGCAAAAUGAAAAUAAUAAUGAAUAUAAUUCCCACAGACAUAAACAAUGCAAAAAAAUAAUGCAUAAAAAACAUGUAUUGGAAUUUGAUGAGCAGCAGGAUACAUCCAUCUCGAAUGCAACAGAACAGCAUGAUGAAUUAAACUUAAAUACAACAGAACAGCAUGAUGAAUUAAACUUAACUACAACAGAACAGCUUCCUGUAUCUGACCAAAAGCUUCUAUGCAACUUUAAAAAUGCAAUAAAAAAACUUAACCAACUUCCACAGAUCCCUUGUGACCAUUCUCAAGAAAAUGAAAGUAUGUUAGAUGAACAAGCAGAAGUUUUAGCUAUUGAUAAAAAUGAUGAAAAUGAUGACUUUAUUUCACAAACCUUUGUUCCUGUACUGCCAACUGGAUUUAGCAUUGCUAAUCUUUAUGCGCAUCGAAUAAGAGAAGUAAAACCAGCUGAAUACUUUCAACAUCUCUCAACAUUAGCAAAAAGACAAAUAUUUGUUAAGCAAAAUUUAGAAGAAGGACGACUCACUACAGCAGAAGUUCAAGAAUUGCAGCAAAGUAAUCCACAUUUGGCAGACAGAGUAGUAAGAUAUGGUGAACCAGAACUUUACAGUUUAAUGCCAAAUAGCAUAAAUGUUGCUGAAGAGACUGAUCAAGAAGCUAGAAGGUUCACAACUAUUAAUCCAGGAUUAAAUGCACCAGUACCAGAUCAUCAUCUAUGCCAAAAAUGGCCUACAGAAAUUGAUGAUGGGUUGCAAGACUACAUAGAGCUUAUAAACAAAUUACAAUAUCACACAUCAAAUGUUGACCUUAAAUCUGUACUUACAAUUCAUGCAGCUUUACAAUAUGUUUCUAAGUAUGUAAGCAAGGCUGAACCAAGAUCUUUGGCAUUCUCUAAAAUUUUAGAUAGAGCUUUUCAUAGUAAUAGUCCUGAUAAUCCAUCAAUUAUAGCAUUUCAAAAAUUACUUCUCUAUACUGUAACAGAAUAUGAUUAUUCUGACCAAGAGACUUGUCAUUUGCUUUUUGGAAUCCCUUUUUACAAAUAUAGCCAAAACUUUGUUAAUUUAAAUCUCAAUAAAGAAGCACCCUGCUGGCUUCAUGGUAGUAGUGAUGAUGAUAAUAAAAAUAAUAAAGAAAUCAAUUAUGCUAGAAAAACUGGGCUCUCGCCUUUACAGUUGUAUUGGAACAGGCUAGUUGAACUUAGGGAGCUUUCACUUUUUUAA